CUUGGCGUUUGGUUCAGGGUUAACUGCAUGUAGCCUUCAAAAACACUACUGUCAGCUGCUGCGGUUUAUCUCUAUUCCACCGCGUUGAGAUAAACACUUUGGGCGUUGAAUUUUGAACAAUUUGACGAAAAAACUCGGGGGAAAGUUAUUGGCGGAUUUUUUUUAAUUUAGUUGAAAAGUACAGUUUAGUCACUUUGUUCUACUUCGUUGACCCAUUUUACUGCGCAGGAGUGGCAGACAGGUAAGUGCGUGUGUGUUGCAUUUUACUCAUAUUUCAUCCGGUUUCUCUGAGAAUAGCUAGACUAGUAACAGCUAAAUAUUAGUGUAUGAGUGUUUAUUGUUGAGAUAUGUAACUGCUAAAUGUUCUUAAAGUCGGAGCACUGCCGACAGAUAUCGUAUGUUGCGUUUGGGUGCUCCGGUUAGCUGGCAAUUUGUUCAAGAUAACCGUGGGUGGAAUACAUUUUUGCAGAACACAUUGGCCUGGAAAUGUACAUUCCAACAGCGCACAGAGAUAACUACCGUCCUUAGUUGUUUCUUCAUGGAGGUCUCAAGAGUGUAGGAACUUGAUAAGAGCGUCUAGCCGGAACCCUCUGAUCCACGUGCUGACCGCUAUAAUCCUCUAUGGCUGAUAACCCAUGACCUGGCAUCCUUGUGUGCUGAUGCUUUGAUAAUAUGGGGGAGUGGUGGACAACUGCAACAGGAGACAUAUCUAUGGGGAACAAUGAGAUCUCGAGCAUAUCACAUGUGACGAUGUCCCCAUCGAAGCAGAACAACCUUGUGUCUUUGCAUCCUUUGCCACUGUCCAAAAACUCUUACAAUCUGAUCACUGUUUUUUGCACAGAUGACAACAUCCCGCACUGCAUCUCGUACAUCAAUCAGGAGCUUUUGUCCCUGGGUCUGUCCACAUGCAUCGAGGCCAGCUCAUCAGGCCUGAGCGCAGUGCCUGCUCUGAAUGCCAUGUUUGAGCUGCUGCAGAUCCAGAGACGCACGAUGAGCACUUUAGAGGAGCUGGAGAGGGACCAGAUAAAGAAGUCCAGCACCUUGGAUCACAUGCAGAUGAGCAACUCGAGACUUAAGGAUCAGCUGGAACUGUCCAUGAGGGAGAAAUCAGGUCUACAUGAGACGGAAAGGCAGCUCCAACUCAAGAUUAAAACUCUGCAAAGCUGUCUCAAGACGGAGAAAGAGGAGGUUCAGAAACUCCACAGUAUAAUUGCCAGUCGUGCGUCCCAGUACAGCCAUGACGCCAAGAGAAAGGAGAGGGAAUCCAUCAAGCUCAAGGAACGCCUUAGCCAACUACUUGUUGAUAGAAAGGAGAAGAAGCUAGCUAUUGAUGUGCUGAACUGCCUUGGCCGAGCAGACGGCAAAAGGAGCCACUGGAAGACAACAAAAGUGGCAGUGAGCCACGAAGGGCAGAUGUACAAAUCCUUGCUCCGUGACUACGAGGCCAGUCAGAGGGCCCUGAUGCUAGAGAACGCUGAGCUGAAGAAAGUGCUGCAACAGAUGAAGAAGGAGAUGAUUCACAUCCUGAGUCCGCGGCAGGUGCCUUGCAAAGGAGCUGGCGCCGAUGACAGCCAGGAGAUGGUGGAUUCUGAUGGAGAGAAGACUGGCAACUCCAGCAGGGAAACCCUGGACCAGUCAUGUGACCAGGCCAGGGAGCAGCUCACCAACAGCAUCCGCCAGCAGUGGAGGAAACUGAGGAACCACAUGGAGAAGUUAGACCACCAGGUUCAAACUCAAGUUGAGUCCCAUAAAGAGGUGAUACCAAGGGAAGCACACGAGGAUGAGAUGGAGCGGAUGCGGCGUGAAGUGCAGCAGUGCAAAGAGUUCAUUCACACACAGCAGCAGCUCCUCCAGCAACAAUUAAACACAUCAUUUGAUGACGAGACGGCCGAGCUGCUCAAUGGCUGCUACACCUUGGAAGAGAAGGAGCGACUCAACGAGGAGUGGAGGUUCUUUGAGGAGCAGAAGAGAAACUUUGAGAGGGAGAGGAAGUACUUCACAGAGGCCGCCAUCCGCCUGGGCCGAGAGAAAAAGGCCUUCGAGGAAGAUCGUGCUUCUUGGUUGAAAAAUCACUUUUUAAACAUGACCCCCUUUGCCGAUCGUAGUAGAUGCUCCUCGUCUGACGGUCAGAGUGGCUUAUCAAUCAGAAGUGAACCAGAGAUUAGGAUGUCUUCCACUAAAAGCCAGCAGUCCAAAUCGUCCAUCUACACCUCAUUCUCCACCCCAAAAUCUGCCAGGGGGGCCGCACCAUCCACCACCGAACUUUACCGGACACUCCGCCUCAUUCCAGAUGCCAGUUCCUCCAGGCAUUCGAAUCGAGGACUCCGGCAGGAGACUGAAGACGGAGACGACCAAGCCAAGUCCAAAACUGGAGUAUCUUCUCUCUAGGAGAUGACGAGAACAGACUCGCUUAAAGAACUGGCUCAUUGUACAUACAAGUCCUUUGCCAAAUUAAAGAAAGCACUUUAAUGAGCUCUGAAACAAGCCAAGUCAGAGGAUUCUACCGAGCACUGUUUUAGUGUCACUGAAAUGUUUACGAAUAGGUUAAAUUUAGAUGUACUUUAAUUGUAUAAUAUC